AAUGGUACUCGCCGUCUCGUGACGUAUUUCCGCCCAUACUUCCGUGUAGAGAUCCGAGCUCGCGUUGCCCGACUGUAAGAUGGAGGACGGGGAAGAGCAGCAAGGUUUGUCUCCGAAGGAUGGGAGUGACACACCAAGUGAGCCGGCUCCGGUCGCUGCUGUAUCUCCGGUCACCGAGGAACCUGCGGGGGAGACGAAGCGGAAAAUUGAUGUUCUGCUCAAGGCAGUUGGGGACACACCAAUCAUGAAAAAUAAGAAGUGGACUAUCGAGAGAAUGCGCACUGUGCAAGGCCUUAUGGACUUCAUCAAAAAAUACCUCAAGUUAGACUCUUCAGAGCAGCUGUUUAUCUAUGUGAAUCAGUCAUUUGCUCCAUCACCUGACCAAGAAGUUGGCACCCUGUACGAGUGUUUUGGAAGUGAUGGGAAACUUGUUUUACAUUACUGUAAAUCACAAGCCUGGGGAUGAAAGUCCAGUGGUUUCUUCUCCUAGCACUGUCGCCUUUGCUGGUCACAAUGGUUUCUUGCACCUUUCUUCAUGUGACUGCUUGAUUGGAGUGAUCGGACUCCAUUGAAGACACUUAGUAUGUGACCACAGUCUGCACAGCACAUUUGUAAAGGAAUCUGUUCUACGAAGACUGGAAGUUUACUGGCCUAGCAGGACAAACCAAUUUGACAUUUUUACGUUCUAUUAACACCUGAGCCUUUUUAAAGACUCACGUUUUAUAUAGAGCUUUUUUUUAUUUUUGUUUUGCUAGUAGAAUUUUCUCUCCCCCCCCCCCCCCCCCCCCCCCCCAAUAUAAAGAAUAACUUCAGUACUUAUCUAUGUUCCAAGACUGAAGAUGGAAGAAUACCACCAGAGGAGUUCUGCGGAGGCACCUUGGAUUGAAGGCAGAAAGAACUAAUGAUCUGAGAAUUUGACUCAGCAAAUUGCUUAAAGGUUUCAGUCGUUUUAGGCUGAGGAUAGGCUUUGGGUAAUAUCUUUCAGUAGGAUCACUGAGCUGGAACUUGGGAAUGUGUGGCCAAAUUACCCCGCUUUUCUUAUACUUUUUUUUUUUUUUUAAAUCCUGAAGCUUGCGACUUUCUUCAAAUACAUUUGAAAAUGUUAUAUAUUGUUGUUGUAGACACAAGUUUUAACACCCCCCCCCCUUAAACGGGGGAGCCCGUGGUCCCAUCUUUGUCUGAGACCCUCUUCCAGAGAAGAAGGUGGUUAAGUCUUUCCUAUCUCCCCUCUAACUCCAGGGAAUAAAACAUUUCUGAAAAGUGUAAUGAUAGA